UUUUAAUGUCUGUCAACUUCAGUGUCAUAACUUUAGCGUCGUCAUAAAUGAAAACAGCCUUAACAGAUAAAUUUGAAUUUAGUUGUUACAAAACCGUUACAUACCAUAAUCAGAAGCGUCGUCAGACUUGCAUAGUGAUACUGUUUAUUCCUUCCCGCGUAAUUUAUAUAAAAUUAAUUUACUAAUAUCAGUCACUGUUUUAAUUACCCUUUUUUAUUGUUGUCGAUUAUUAUUUCAAUGUUUGAUAAACAUCCGGCAUUAGUUAUUCGCUGUCACGAUGUUUUUCCAAGUUAAUAUAACUCCCAAGGCCAAAGAACCGGCAGAACCAACUAAAGAUGUCCAGGAGCCACCACCAACUCUCAUUUUAGCCCCGUUUCAACCUCAGGUUCACGUUAAUCUUAAAACAAAAGUCAAUACAUCUACUUCGGCUAAAUUAUUUAUUACCAACCCUUCCAAUAGACCGCUAAUCUUAAAAAUAACUAAAUUACCACCAGCAGAGCGUUUAGUAGUUCUGGAAACUAAUGAGAUCAAGAUCAACAGCGGAAGUGAAGAGCAACUCGGCUUGACAUGGACACCACGAGAAGCUGGAAGUUGGAGGGACACUUUGCAGUUCUGCGACAACAGGCGAAUCAAGUAUGAUGUCACACUAACAACCACUUCAUUAGACACUAAUAAAAAAGGUUUAUCAAAAGGUAAAGCUAGAAUCUUAACCCAAACAAAUUUCAACAACGAGUCAAGGUACGGAAGUCAGCCCAAGAAACUUCCUCUAAGUUCAACAUCAAUAAAUUCUUUACCAGCAGUUAAAAAAACAUUAUCCACGUCAGUAGCACAAACAAAACUUACUGAGAAUAAAGAAAAUUUCACAAAUGUCCAAUCAAUUAAUGAUACUCGAGUUUCGGAUAAUAAUUUGCGUAAUAAGCCUCAAACAACUGUUAGAAGUAACGUAAAUUUAAAUUUUGAUGAUUUUCAAUUAACUCCUCUAAAGCCACCAGCAGGAUUGCGAUCAAAAAUCCCCGAAAUACAAAUAGAAGACCACACACUCGUCGCUGUAGGCUUACGUACUUCCAACAAUUUGCCUGACAUUCAGGUGUUUGAAGCAACGGAUGUUGAAUUUUCACCCCGAGACUCCCAAAUAAGUUCACCGAUUAACGACGGGCCGCAUACGCAUUUACGUCGCGAAACUUAUUCAAAUCCCCAGCCAAAAUUUACUGAGCGCAUGAUAGUUAUUGAUCAGGAUUCUACAGAAUGCAAAGAAGAAACUUUCGAAGAUUCUCUAUCGCCCCCACAUUGCCAAGAACCCAACAACGGACCCCAAAAUUUUUCCACAAUAAUUGAUAAUAUAAAUUUUAUAACUCCAAUAAAAAUAAAAUCACCUGAUAAUUAUUCCCCAAGCAACAAUAGCACAGAAUAUUUUUCAAUUCAGUCUAACCACUCCUUUAGCAUCAGUGAAAAAGGUUCUCUUCAUACAAAUUCAUACAAAUUAAAUAGUACUUAUGAAUUAUUACCAUCUCCUGGGAAUAAUAAUAAGAGUAUUCAAUUAACUCAUCAAUCAGAAUUAAGCGUUCAAGCCAGUAAUAACUCUGUCAAAAAUUCAACAAUAACUUCUGGAGAGUUGGAAAAAAAUUUAUCAUCGGUAUCUUUUGAUCAGUCGAGACUGAGUCUUAGAAAUGGAGACAAUGCUAGCGCAAGGGAUGUUUUAGAGGCCGAUUUAUGGGUCAGAGAUAAUCAAAGUCAGAAUUAUAUAUUUAGCACACCAUCGCAUCAGAUUCCUCGCAGCAAGAGUAAUCUUGAGAAGAUAAAUGAAGAAUCUUAUUUACGCCAGACACAAGCUUAUCGUCUAGCUAAACCUAAAUUUGUUCACCCUCCGCUUAAUGAGUCUUCAAGUACAGAUCAAGUAGAAGCACGGUGUAUUGAAAUCUCUCCUCCGAGAAGACUGCGUCGGUCUGAAUUAAUAAAAAAACCCUCGCCGAUUAAACACAAUAAAAUAAUGAAGGAGAAAGUAACUCAACAAAGUAGCAUUUUAAACAAGAAAAAAGUCCAGUAUAGCGUCAAGAAAGGAAAUUUAUCCAUUUCUGGUGUACGUAUGUCUUCUUUGUCAUUAUCAGGGCUUAAGUCCGCGUCUAACACCACUACCAAUAAUAACAAACUCAUGAAAGGCAAAGAUAAAUCUCCGGUAAAAAUAUACAGUCCUGAUAAUAUAAUCGCACAAGUGUACAAUCCGUAUGUAACAAUGAAAGGCGAUCCGUUUUUAAGCAUGAGUCUUUAUUACGACGAAAACUUUUUGGUUAAACAAGAGCAAGAGUACACUAAGUGGCUCAACAGAUUGAUGACACCUCCUGAGCAGCUUGACACAGACGUCGAGGAAGCGCCAAUAGACGUGGGUAAAAUCUGGCAGUCUUGUCGCUCUAAAGAAAAUGUUCUAGCAGAAACUAAAGAAAAAGUAUCUGCGAGGUACCACACAAACACUCGUUUGAAUUCUCUCCGCAAAGCUGCCGCUGCUAUGCUCAGAAACGGAGAAGUAACGAGUGUGUUAGCAAAUGUAACGGCUUGUAUAAACAAGGGUAUGUUUGUUAUCAGACAAGAUCGGGACUUGCAUCGUGAUAUUGGGCUCCAAAAAGAAAUUCUUCAGCUAUUUUUGAGCUACAAUCCUCUGUGGUUGAGAAUCGGUCUGGAAGUUAUUUACAAUGAGCAAAUUAACUUGCAUUCUAACAGUGACAUAAUUGGCUUGACUAAAUUUAUCAUGAUGCGAUUUUUCACAGAUCCGUAUCUUGUAAAAACUUACUCAUUUCAAAAUGUAACAUCAAUACGCGCUCCGGAAUUUCAAGGACAAAUGAACAAAUUUAUGUUAAAGAAAUUUUUCUUUUUGGUUUAUUUCUUGGACUAUAUUAAGAGGAAUAAAUUAAUUGGGUAUGAUCCGUGCUUGUUCUUAAAAAAAGCUAGUUAUAAAGAUAGCCGAGAAAUAUUGUUGACAUUUUCACGGCAUUUAUUGAGCGGUGUUGGAGAUAUUACUAAGAUUUUACGCAGUCAUGGUUAUAUUGUUACUCACAAGCAGAAUUAUAUUGACGAAUUUGAUUAUGCUGUUAAAGAUAUUGCCGUUGAUUUACGCGACGGAGUACGACUGUGUCGUGUAAUGGAAUUAAUAAAGGGCGAUAAAACGUUGACUGAGCGGUGUCGUGUGCCAGCUAUAUCACGUUUGCAAAAAGUGUUUAAUGUUGAGUUAGCACUUACAGCAUUAUUGCAAGCUGGGUACACUCUUGCUGGUGAUAUUGACGCUAAAAGUAUUGCAGAUGGUCAUCGUGAAAAAACUCUGUCACUUUUGUGGCAGAUAAUUUAUAAAUUUCAAGCUCCACGUUAUGAAAAAGCUUCUAUCACGAUACAAACUUGGUGGAAAACAAAACUUUGGUACAUACGUGUCAAGCGUUAUUUGUCUAACAGAAAAAAUAAUGCUGCACUGGUAAUUCAACGUACAUGGAAAUGUUAUUGUGCGAGAAAAUUACUAAAAAAAUUGAGGGAAAUUCGUGCUAUUUUCUUGGCUCAAUUAGAUAAUUCAACUAGAUUUUUACAGCGAUGUUGGUUAAGUAAAAAACAAAUGCUUAAAGAUCGUCGUGAUUUUCUGGAUAAAAAAGCCGCAGUUGUUUGUAUUCAGAGAUGGUUUAGAAGAAUACGUUCUACUCGUCCUUACUUGGAGGACCUUCAGCGUAAACGUCAAGCUGUUAUUACGAUACAAAUUCAAUGGCGUGCUGUGGUUAUCAUGAGAAGAGAAAGGAAUAAUUAUUUGAGAAUUAAACAAGCUGCGAUAAUUACACAGCAGUGGUGGCGAGCUGUCUCAUUAAAAUCUUCAAAUUAUAAUUAUUAUAAAAAUUUAAAAGCUGCUACUCUUUUCGUACAAUCUAAAUGGCGAGCUAAGAAAUUAAUGAUUAAAACGCGCACAAGUUAUUUAAAAAUUAUUAGAGCUGCUGUUAAAAUACAAACCUGCUGGAGAAGUUAUUUGAUUGGUAAGCGUGUCAGGAAUGAUUAUCUUUUGAAAAAAGACGCGGUUAGAGUUAUUGAAUCCUGGUUGGUAGCUUGUAAAUCAAGAGACACUCAAUUAAAGCAAUUUUUGGCUGUUAAAAAAAGUGCAGCUGUUAUUAAUAAAGCCUGGAGGAGAUAUUAUGAGACUAAGAAUUAUGUUAAGAGGUUUAAAUUGUAUUGCAGAGCUGCGAGAAGUAUUCAAUCUUGGUGGAGAAUGAUUAGAGUUGCUCGUGAGUAUCGCUUGCAAAAAAAGAGCGCUAUUAUUUGUCAGAGAUACUGGAGAGGUCUUUUGAUGACACGCGGAGCUAGAGAUAAAUUUUUAGCUGUAAAAAAAUCGGUGAUUUUUGUCCAGAAAAUUUGGAAGAUGAAAAAGGAAAGAAGAAAUUAUUUAAAGAUUAAAUCUGCGGUGAUAAAAAUUGAAGGUUGGUACAGUAAUGCUAAAUAUUCAAAAAAUGUUAGACGAGAAUUUGUGAGACAGAAAGAAGCUGCGAAAUUUAUUCAGAGCUGGUGGCGUUGUUUGAAGAUGACUAAAGAGUGUCAGGAUAAAUAUUCAGCUGAGCGUAAAGCUGCAAUUGUGAUACAAAGAUUCUGGCGAGCUAAAAUUAUUGGUAAAUUUGAUAGAUUAAAAUAUUUGAAGAUGAAAAGCAGUGCGAUUAAAGUCCAAGCUUUUUGGAGAAUGAUAUUAGCAAGGCGUAAAUAUUUAGAUGAUUUAAAGAGGAAUAAAGCUGCGGUAGUAAUUCAAAGAAGAUGGAGAGCUAGAAUUGUUGGAAUUAAAAUCCGAGAGAGUUUUAUAAGACAAAAAAAUGCAGCGAUUGUUGUCCAAAGGAGAUAUCGAGCGACUAAAAUUGCCCGGGAAGUUAAAAUGCGGUUUGAAGCUUGUAAAAAAGCGGGAAUAAUUAUUCAGAAAAAUUGGAGGAAGUUUAGAGCAUUUAGAGAGUUUAAACGACAACGCAAUGCAGCGAUUGUCUUACAGAGUCACUGGCGAGCUCGAGUAAUUGGUAAAAAGAUUCGUGAAAAUUAUUUGAAGCAAAGAUCAGGUGUUAUCACACUUCAGCGUAGGUACCGUGCUCUGAAACUGGGGCGUGUUGUUAGAAAUCAGUUUGUAAUUUAUCAAAAGGCGGCUGUGAUAAUUCAAAAAAAUUGGAGGAUGUUCAAACUCUCGCAAGACUACCAGCAACUUAGAACUGCUGCAAUUGUUCUGCAGUGUCAAUGGCGGGCACGUAAAUUGUCACUGGAAGCCAGACAAGAGUAUCAAUUGUUGAAGAAGACAGCUAUAGUGAUUCAGCAGCGGUACCGUGCUCGUAAAUUGGGGAGUAAAGUUAGGAAUGAGUACCUGGAGAUCCGUAAUUCAGUCAUUAAAUUACAGACUCUUUGGCGAGCUAAUAAAUUGAUGAAGCAGGCCCGUCGAGAAUUUUUGUGCUAUCGUCAAGCAGCGGUAUGUCUUCAAUCGACUUGGAGGAUGAUUGUUGUCCGUCGUGAGUAUUUAAGGAAGAAACAAGCGGUUAAUAAAAUAAUAAUUGCAUGGAGGCAGUUUGUAAUUGCGCGUAAUGUUAGAAAUGAAUUUUUGGCUCUAAGAUCAGCUGCUCUAUUUGUUCAACGACGUUAUCGCAAUUGCAUAAAAAUUCGUCGUAAUUUUAUUAAACUAAAAUCAGCUGUUGUUAUUGUUCAAAGAAGCUGGCGCUUGAAAUUACAAUUGCGUAGAAAUGUGGGAGAUAGUGAAAAGGAACGGAGAUUAAAUCAAGCAGCUGUAAUUAUUCAAGCGGCUUAUCGAGGAUUUAUUGUCAGAAAAAAUCAAUCUGAGGAGGAAAGAAAAAUCCGAGAGCGUGUUCAUCAAGCCUCUCAAACAGCUGAUGAGUCAAAUAUUCUCGCAAAUCGUCUUCAAAAUGCCAUUUAUACGCUGCAAAAUGCUACAAAUGUUGGACAGUUGUCCAUGUGCCUUGGUUGUAUUGAUACUAUUACAAGGUUGUCGCCGAAAGGAUGCAGAAUAUUCUGCGAAUUGAAAUUGAUUGAUGCAAUUUAUAAUCUACUUGGUAAUUCUAAUCGGUCUUUACCCUGGAUGGACGUUUGUUUACGGUGCUCUAGUAUUCUUGUGACAAUUAUUAAAUUGAAACCAUUGUCGGCUUAUGUUCGUAAUAUCAAUGAGAUAGAGACUAUUGCGAGAUUGAUGAAUGCCAUGGUUAAGGCUAAUUCGGAAUUAUUUUUGCACCUUGCUACUCUUUUCUGGCUGCUUACACGUGAUGAGGAUUUUGUUGAGCAGGUUAAACAGUCACCGCGGAUUAUAUGGCUGGUUAGAACUUUGAUGGAGGCUCAUCUUAAGAAAAAUACUGGUAAUGUUAAUAAAAACAAAUCUCUUUCGAUACAAGAUGUUAUUUUGCCGAAUGAAAAACCUGAUUGGGUUAGAAAUAAUAAAAGGCCGAGAUAUUUUACUAAUGUAUCGCAUGCACUGAUAAGUUUGAAUAAGAUUUUUAAUAUUGUUCCUUAAAAAAUUAAUAUUAAU